AUGGCACCAAGCACAAAAGAGUAUGCGAUCGGAGCAUUGCUGAUCAUACUCGUGGAUGUGCUUUGGACAAGCUCGAACUACCUCGCCAAUACUGUACUGACCCGUGGAUAUGAUAAGCCUUUCGCCUUAACGUAUCUUUCUACUGCUUCCUUCACUGUGUAUCUUAUCCCAUUCUGUAUUAUAAUUCAGCAUCGAAAACAAACAGUCCAGCCGAGCACAAAUUCAUGGUGGUAUAAGUUGGGAUUUCGUCUUCCUACUCCCCAUGAUGUGUCUUCUCGCGUAGGACGGUCGAGCAACACCGAUAUAACGCCUCCUAAAAAAUUGCCUCGGGCGUCAUCAAUCGAUGGCCGCCUUCCUGCUGUCAGUAUCCCUAUUAGAACACAAAGAAGAAGCAUACAAUGGAACACUGAAACACAAGCCCUUAUUGAGAACGAUCCUCUUUCGACGGAUCCCGGAAGGCUUGUGUCCCAAGCCCCGGUUCUUGUGGAUGCAUCAGAAUUACCAUCACUCUCGAUUUUUGAAACCGCUUGUUUAGCCAUGGAGUUUUCCGUGAUUUGGUUUAUCGCGAAUUGGACGUUUGUUGCAGCUUUGGCGUUCACCAGUGUUGCCAGCGGCACCACAUUGGGUAGUACAAGUGGCCUAUUCACACUGAUACUUGGCAGUUUGUGUGGCAUUGAUACGUUCUCUUUUUGGAAAUUAUUUGCAGUGGUGCUCAGUUUUACAGGAGUGACUUUGGUAACGUUUGUGGACCACGACAAGUCAAACACUCCAAUGUCAUUAUCUAAACCUCUGUGGGGUGAUGUCCUUGCACUAGUAUCGGCCCUGUGCUAUGCUGGCUAUGUUACAUUCCUUAAAUUGCGCAUUGGCUCUGAGGAUCGCAUAUCGAUGCCUCUUUUUCUUGGAUGUGUCGGAGCAUUCAACUUGGUCGCAUUUUGGCCCGUUGGUCUUCUAUUGCAUUUCGCUGGUAUCGAGCUCUUGUCAUGGCCUAAUGAUGGUCUGACUAUGGCGGGUCUUUUUUUCAACAUGUGCAUAACGGUGGUGUCUGACUUUGCUUACCUUGUGGCCAUACUCAAAUCGUCUCCAUUGUUGACCACUAUCGGACUUUCUCUAACCAUCCCCAUGGCUGUUUGCAUCGAUGCCAUCCAAAAUGCCAUGUCUCUACCUUUACAAAGUAUUAUCGGAAGUAUUCUUGUGUUGACUAGUUUCGGAGGUAUUGCAUGGGAGGAAAAUCAAGCAAAUGUAAAUGUCUAA